AUGGACACGAUCCAGCACUCCCGCCAUAUUUCCCCACUGAGCUCACCCUCUCAGUCGACCGUUGUCAGAGAAAGGCAAAAAGGAGAGUAUCAUCUUGAAUUUCAUCCCGAUGAACUAGCUCGUCUUGCAGCACAGCAUGAAGUAUUCCUCGAACACAUGGGCGUCUUAUGUGUUGCGCCGAUCAACCUCCACCGACCCAGGCUACGCAUUCUAGACAGCGGAACUGCAGAUGGUAGAUGGCUACAUGAUCUGCGGGAGUCUUUACCGUCCUAUAGUCAUGAAUAUGUCGGAACUGACUCCGUGAAGAAGAUGUUCCCGAGAGAUUCCCCAAACGAAAUCUCCUUCCACCUACAGCGCGCGGACGAUGCUUGGCCACCAAGUUGGCAGGAAAGCUUCGAUUACGUGCAUCAGCGCCUAGUCAUUCCGGGGUGUGACUACUCCCCCGCAGCAACAACAAUACGACGACUUUGUGGUCUUGUAAAGCCAGGAGGAUGGAUAGAGCUUAUCGAGCAGGACCAUAACGCCCCAAACCCAGGGGGGCUGGCCAAGUCCGAAGAGCUCCUUCGACAAAUCUUUACGUUAUCUGGCACCGGCUACGACUACCCAAAAGGCCUUAAGAGCUGGCUUGAGGAAGCCGGAAUGUGCGACAUUGAAGAACAGAUUAUCGACGUGCCGGUGGGUGCGAGCAAUUUAAACUUAAAGAGUGCCCAGAAAAGUAUUUGGCAAAUUUCAUCUGCGCUUGAAGGGUUCCUACCUAUGGCUCGAGCCCUUCCACUUACCAUAGCCCGUGAGGAACUCGACGAUCUUCCAAAACACACUGCUAGGGAAUUGGCCCGCAUUGGUGGCCACCAACGACUUUACGUCGUGUAUGGCAGGCGGCCGGUAUGA